AUGACGGGGAAAGCCGGGGAAGCGCUGAGCAAGCCCAAAGCCGAGACAGUGGCCAAGAGUACCUCGGGGGGUGCCCCGGGCAGGUGCACCGGGUUUGGCAUCCAGGAGAUCCUGGGCUUGAACAAGGAGCCCCCCAGCUCCCACCCGCGGGCUCCCCUCGACGGUCUGGCCCCCGGGCACUUGCUGGCUGCGCGCUCCGUGCUCAGUCCCGCAGGAGUGGGCGGUAUGGGGCUACUGGGGCCCGGGGGGCUCCCCGGUUUCUAUGCACAGCCCACCUUCCUGGAAGUGCUGUCCGACCCGCAGAGCGUCCACUUGCAGCCGCUGGGCAGAGCGUCGGGGCCGCUGGACACCAGCCAGACGGCCAGCUCGGAUUCUGAAGAUGUUUCCUCCAGCGACCGAAAAAUGUCCAAAUCGGCUUUAAAUCAGACCAAGAAACGGAAGAAGCGGCGACACAGGACAAUCUUUACCUCCUACCAGCUAGAGGAGCUGGAGAAGGCAUUCAAUGAGGCCCACUACCCAGACGUCUAUGCCCGGGAGAUGUUGGCUAUGAAAACGGAGCUCCCGGAAGACAGGAUACAGGUCUGGUUCCAGAACCGAAGAGCCAAGUGGAGGAAGCGAGAGAAGUGCUGGGGCCGGAGCAGCGUCAUGGCGGAGUACGGCCUCUACGGGGCCAUGGUGCGCCACUCCAUCCCCCUGCCGGAGUCCAUCCUCAAGUCCGCCAAGGAUGGCAUCAUGGACUCCUGCGCCCCGUGGCUGCUGGGGAUGCACAAAAAGUCGCUGGAGGCGGCAGCUGAGUCGGGGAGGAAGCCCGAGGCGGAGCGUCAGGCCCUGCCCAAGCUCGACAAGAUAGAGCCGGAGGAGCGGGGUCCCGACGCCCCGGCCGCCAUGUCCCAGGAGGAACUGAGGGAGAACAGCAUCGCCGCGCUCCGAGCCAGAGCGCAGGAGCACAGCACCAAAGUGCUGGGGACUGUGUCCGGGCCCGACAGCCUGGCCCGGAACGGCGAGGAGCCGGAGCGGGAGGAGGCCCCGGACGAAGACAGGCCAGCGGAGAAGCUGAGUCCGCCGCAGCGCGAGGACAUGGCGUAG